UCAGCUGACUAACUGUUUUCAGAUGUUGAGCAGGAUUUCAUAACGGGGCGGGACCAAGCCACUCCGAAACUGUGGAAAGAACAAGCCUAAAAGGACACUUAAACGUUCAAAAUAGUUCAUAAAUACAUUAUUAGGGGCUCGACAAAAUGGAAGGCGAACCGCAGGUCGAAUCUGGAGAGAAUCUGAAUCCCGGAGAGGUUCUGCAAAUCCGCUUUCAGAAAAAACCCAACCAAAAACUCAAAUACCUGGAGGCUGAACCCAAAAUACUAGGGGUAACACAAAUUGUGUUUGGUGUCUUUAUCGCAUUCAUGAUUGUGGCGUUCUAUGUGAAUGACAUGACCGUGUAUUCAUACACAGACGCGUCCAUGAUCACGGGGGCUGUUUCCAUGAUCAUCAUUAUUGCAGGGAGCCUGGCGAUAGCUGCACAGAAUCUUCAUCUCCCAACUCUAAAGGCUUGCUUAGGAAUGCAGGUGGUGGCCUGUAUGGCAUCUGUGAUCUUCACAUUCCUGCACUUAAAUAAUUCCAACGACAUACACCACUGUUGGAUGCCAUUAGAUUCCCAAAUAACAACAUGCAGAAAGUUAAACAUAAGUCUGGAAAAUUGCCUGGGAUUACAAAACCUUGUGAUGAUGCUCCAGGUUGCCCUUUCUACCACUUUAGCUGCAUACUGCUGCAAGGUCAUUCAGUGCUGCUCUCCAGUGUCUAGAGUGCCGGUCAUCACGAUUAACAGACCUCCAGAAACUCAGUGAGGAGCGUUUUAGUGCUGAGCCGUACAGAGCCAGGAGCAGCAUAUAUAUAUAUAUAUAUAUAUAUCCACAAACAUCUACAUAACAGCUGCUCCUUCAACACAUCCGUUUUAUACAUUUUUAAGGUAUAUCAAUGAAUUACUGUGAAUUAAAACCCAAUAUUUAAUAAUACACAUUUAGUUUAACACGUUUCUAAUAUUCCUCAGCAUUUAAUCGUGUAAUUUGCAUUAACUUUCUUUUACAUAAUCUAAAUAGUGGGCACCACCGGUGUAGCCUCAGUGUUUCAGCGUGUAGUUUCUGUCCAACCCAUGGCACUGAACAGUAACUGAGAACUGCUAUAAUGGCUCUUCUCAAACAUCUCACACUUCAGACCCACUGCUUUGACCCUCCAACCACGGAAUUAAACAGAGCAAUACUGGAAAUGCUGCAUUGUUUCAGCCAGUAUUCACUGCAGUAGUCAUCCUAACUGUUUCUUUCUAAUGGCUAGCUGUCUCCCUCUUGUUUUAUCAUGCACUAGAACAUUUGUGAGAAGUCAACAUUACAAGCAGACCAACAAGGAACAGAGCAAAAAUAAUGCUUCACAAAAAAACACUAAAACAAAUUAAACAGAUUUACUGUUCAAUAAAUAUCUUCAAAUAAGUUCAGAUACAAAAUCAUCAUAUUCUUGCUCUUGAGCUUAACGUAUAACUGUGUUAUUAAAAUAUUUUUGUAUUUUUUAAAA